AUGUCUGUUGAACAAAGCGAAACAUCAUUACCAUUGCAAUUAUUUACAUUCGAUACCUGGGAAGGUUUUACACGUCAACGUUUACAAAUAAACUAUGAGAAUACAUUAGCAUUGUGGUAUAGUUUACCUCCUGGACUACCACUAGGCAAACAGAACGUCAAAUAUUAUACAAGAACACAGCAACGAAAUAGACUGCGAAAAUUAAAGUUGUAUGCAUUUUACUGUACAUUGCUGAAUCGAUCAUUUCUCAAGAAAAAAGUUAGAGCGAGAGGCUUUAAACUAUGGAAUUCAACGUUAAAUGUACCAGAUACCCAGGAUGACUCGUUGUACAGCAUCUAUGCAAAACUCGGCGGUAUCACAGAACAGUUUAUGGCCAAAGGCGAACAAUAUGAUUCAACAAUAAACUACGAGGAAUUAUUUAAAGCCGGACGGACCGUAUGGUUUAUGAUUGCGUUUCAAAUUCAAAUGAAUAUCAAAAUGACACUAACGGACUCUAUUUUCGGUUAUAAUAUGCUUUAUCCGUACACCGACGAUUUAGUCGAUUCAAAUGAUAUUACAAACGAGAGUAAAAAAGACUUCGCUAAAGUGUUUUUUGAGCGUUUAUUAUAUGGUGAUAUCGAUCAACCAAAAGAUGCUGAUCCUCCAAAAUUUUUGGGCGAUAGAACGCCGGCUGACUCUCGUUUACCAUCGAGCUUAACGGCACAUGCUGAUCGUGUGGGUAAAAUAUUCGAUAUGGUUAAAUUUAUUGAAAAUGAUUGGUCACGUUUAAAAUACAAAGAAGUGUAUUAUGGUUUAGCCACAAUUCAUGAAUGCCAGAUGAAAUCAACAUUACAACAUGCUACUGAUGAUUAUAUACCACAAUUGAAAACAAUUGAAGAGAUAAGCGCACAAAAAGGAGGUGCAUCAUUAAUAGCAGCCGGAUUUCUAAUUGAAGGCACAUUAACUUAUGAAAAAAUGGCUCAUUUAGAAUAUUUGGGAUUUGGAUUACAGUUAUUGGAUGAUUUGCAAGAUGUUCAAGAAGAUUUAAAGAACAAUCACCGCACAAUAUUCACACAAGCCAUAUGUGACCACCAAUCGUUAGAUAUUCCAACUGGUAAACUAAUCCAGUAUUACUUUUGCAGUCGUGCUGGCGAUAAAUUUGAAGAAGAUAAAUUGAUAAAUCAAUCAGCAAAUGCGACAAACACCGUUACAUUAGCCCAAUAUGUGCGAAUAUCCAUGGUGAAUUUUUCACUGUUACUCAUACUAGAAGCCGCAUCAAAACUUGAACAAUAUUAUUCAAAACAAUUUUAUCAUGAUCUAAAUACGCUGUCACCAUUAUCAUUGAAAGAUUUAGCAGUAGCGAGAAUCGAAGAUAGAAUAUUUAAUAUUGUUCGACACCAGUGGUUUUGA